GCGCGUUCCCGCUCGGCUCUGAAUGGGGGGUUCAGUCCAGGUCCUGACAGCGACAGUCCAGUCCAGUAGCACACGAAGAAAGUGCACUCAUCCCGGCAGGUCCGCUCCUGUCACACGCACCGGUACUCCACGCGCCCCCGGUAGUUCACACUCAUUCAGGUAGUCUGCGCGUGCACGGCUCAGUGUACCGACUCCUCUUCUUCUCCGUCUUCUUCUUCUUCUCAGCCCGGAGAAGUUAGUGCACUGACGGGAGGAGCUGUCUCUGUCUGUCCAGGAAUGAGAGAUGAUGGCCGGCUCUACAGCAGAGGAGAAAACCUUCCGACGGUUCCUGGAGCUUUUCCUGCGGGAGAUGAGGAUGCCUCUGCAGGAGAGCGACCCGCCGCCGCUGCGCCCCUUGUCGGACCUGGUAACUGAGGACGAAGUGGAGGGGGAAUGCCUCGACCUGUGUCUCCAGCACCUCUACAAAUAUAACUGCCCCUGCUCCCUGGCUGCCGCUCUUGCCAGAGCCACCGCCGACAGCCUCCUGCAGAGCGACCUCUCCACACACUACCUCAACAAGACCACAGAGGAUGGAGCUGACCCUUUACCACAGAUGGAGUCCGUGAAGUUGGCCUGGCUGGUGUUUAACCGGCUCUUUGAGGUGUGCUGCCUCUGGCUGAAGGACCUGCCGUACCGCCGCCGCCCGCAGCCGUACUACGAGACGUCCAUCCACGCCAUCAAGAACAUGAGGCGCAAGAUGGAGGACAAGCACGUCAUCAUCCCCGACUACAACUCGCUCUUCAAUGUCCAGGACCAGGAGGAGCAGGCUUACUUCGCGGUGUUUGACGGUCACGGCGGCGUCGACGCUGCCAUCUACGCUGCUAACCAUCUCCACGUGAACCUCUUCCAGCAGGAAUGCUUCAGAGAGGACCCGAUCGAGGCACUCUGCAAAGCCUUCAAAGUCACCGACGUGCACUUUAUGAAGAAGGCCAAACGAGAGCACCUGCGCUGUGGCACAACGGGCGUGGUGACGUUCCUGCGGGGCCGGACGCUGUACGUGGCCUGGCUCGGAGACUCUCAGGUGAUCCUGGUCAGGAAAGGGCAGGUGGUGGAGCUGAUGAAGCCACACAAACCAGACCGAGAGGAUGAGAAGCAGAGGAUCGAGGCUUUGGGAGGCUGUGUGAUCUGGUUUGGCACAUGGAGGGUUAACGGCAGUCUGUCUGUAUCCAGAGCAAUAGGCGACUCAGAGCACAAGCCCUACAUCUGCGGGGAUGCAGACCAUGACAUCUUCCCGUUUGACGGCACAGAGGACUACCUGAUUCUGGCCUGCGAUGGUUUCUGGGACACGGUGAAUCCGGAUGAGGCGGUGCGAGUGGUCAGCGACCAUCUGGAGGAGAACACCGGCGACACCACCAUGGUGGCCCACAAGCUGGUGGCCUCGGCCCGAGACGCAGGCUCCAGUGAUAACAUCACCGUCAUCGUGGUAUUCCUGCGGGACCCGCGCUGCCCACCCCCCGGCGGCACCGAGGACGGGGAGGAGGGUGUGGUGGUGGGGGACGACGAGGUGGAGGAAGACGAUGAUGAAGCUGGAAGGGUAGACCGCGAUGGGGGUGAGGGAGGCAGCAAUGCGGACAACGGGGGGAAGGCUCGCGGAGGCUGGCCCCUGCAGCAGUGCUCGGCCCCCGCUGACCUCGGCUACGAAGACAGAACGGACUCGCUCACAGACAGAACGAGCCUUUGCCUGCUGGGGCCGGCUCUGGAGGGUCGCAUCUCCCUGACGGGCGCCGCAAGGCAACCCCGCUCCAUCUUUGACCUCGACCUCUUCCCAACCUCCCAAAUCUAUCCAGAGCAACGCCCACUGAGGCGCAGGUCCUGUCUCCCCUUUCUGGAGCCCAGCAUGUUUAGCUUCACGGACCCCCUGUGGCCCCAGACAGCCAUGUUGUUAGGCCAGGCCGCGAGGCGAAGCCACAGGCCCGGGUAUGGUAGUCGCCGGAGGAGGCCAGGAGCCUCCAAGGAGCUGCUGGGGCUGUCACCCUGCGGCCAGCUGCUGCCGCACACACAGCGCCGCUCCGUCAGCAGGCCUGGAGUGGCAGAGCUCCACCUGCCCAAUGAUGCCUCCAUUUAAAGAGGUGACCCAAACCAAACCAUCCCCUUCAUUUAUUCAUCGGCCCUCAGCUCCCCCUCACACCCACCUCUGCCUUCAACAACACGUCUUUCAUUCAUAGUAGAUAGCUGUUGCUCCUGCUGAAUCUCUGUCGGAGGAGUGGUGCUCUCUGUUCUAAUAUUUCCCAAUGUACGCCGGCCCACUAAACACACGCCCGGCUUCUUAAUGCUGUUGGUAAAGCCUGCAUUCAACACACAAUCGCUCGCAGUUUAAGCAGGGUCUGUUUUUAACAGAAAGAAAAAAAUUAUGGCCUGGCCAAAACUAUGUUGACACCUGAAAGUUGCACCAAAAUGUGAUAGGUGAACAUGUUACUACAAACCCCUGAGCAUUGAUGUGCUCAUAACACUUUUAUUCCUGGAGAUCUUUUGCCCACUUCCAGCUACAACAGCAUUAUCAAGGCUUUUAUUUGUAGCUGUAGCGUAGCUUUAAGAUUUCCCUUAACUGGAACUAAGACUAAAUUCAUCUUUCGCCGUUUCUUUGUGCAUUUUCCCCCUCUUAUUUGGGAAACAAGCUACUAGUAAACAUAGCUGUUCAAAAGCGUACCAAAAUAACAAUAAUAGAUAAUGUGAUUUAAGAAGCGCUUGAUUAUUAACAAAAUAUCACCAUACGUGUAUUAUUAACAUAUCAUCACUAUUAUACAUUUUUAAAUAUCAUGGGCAACAUCAAUGCUGGUAUCACAACAUCUUUACCAACAGCUGUAAAUGGAGGAUGUGCCAACACAUAUUAUAUGUUGUUUGAGAAAGCUGUCGCCUACUUUGAGAAAAGCUACAAAAGUAGAGUUUAAUUUAUAGAUUGACUGAACCCUAAAUUGAAGUCGAAGUUAAGCAUUUGUCUUUUGUUAACCUCAGCAGUACUUUGAUAAAGCUGGACCCGUUCCUGGUUUCUGGGAUUAAAGGGCACACGCUGUUCUUUUGUCCCCGUACAGCCAAUGGCCCAGACAUUAUCCAGCCAGAAUUUGUCUACAGAUAAAAGCACUUAGCACAGGAUUACAAAAGAUUAGCAGUCACUUACCUGAAUAAAUGCUUAAUGUACUCCAGUAUUCCAGAUGGGCACAUACUCCUGAGAUAAGAAGUGGAGAAGCAUUUAAAAGGUUUAUUUACUAUGAAACAAAACCCACUGAACAUGUCUUUUUUCAGCUUGUUAAGUGCAAGCUAUUCUCAUUUUUGGGUCAGGAUGGUAAAAAGCUGCAGAACACCUGCCUUUCCAAUGUGUUACAAAAGUCUGCUUCCUGCACACAAAUAUUCAGUUAUUACAUGAAUGUGCUUCUGUUUAGGACAGGUCUGGCAUUCAUGACUCUGUGCCCCUUUAAAAGAAUAGGUUAUGAAUACAAUACUUACCAUUCCUCCCAAGAGUUAUGUUAAAAUCACUUACAUGUCUGUAUGCUAAUGCGAAGCUACAGCUAGCCGCUAAUUAGCUUAGCCUAGCAUAAAGACUGGAAAGGGGAACAGCUAGCUUUAGCUUCUGUCCUUUGGUAGGACACAUGUUUAUUUAAGAGCUGUUUAGCAGUCAAAAUACUUGCAAGCUUGGUAGUAAUAUAACAAACACUGGAUUAAACCAAAAACAUCAAACUCUAAACUGUCUACAAGGAUGUUGUUAGCUCGAGCUGUUGAUGCCAAACAUCCCAGUCCUCACCAGUUUAAGCCAACGCCUGCGACCCUAAAGCACCUUGAUAAUCGGAUCUAUCUCUGGUCUGCUCUGGAUUCAACAAUGGAGAGCCCCUCUUCCCUGCUGACAGUGGUGCAGAUAUUGACGCAUAUUUCCAUCUCAAGACUUUAUGACACGUUUCAUGAAACCUGGCUAGCAUGAAAGCCAGUUACCCCAUCACCAUCCAUUGGUAUACCUACAUAUCCAACAGCAAAUAUGCUAGUGUUCCUAUUCAACAUUGUUAACUCAAUAGUUAUAAUUAACUAAAUGUAAUCAUCAAAUAAUACUGAUUAACAUGGUAUAAUCUGUGUCCCACAAUAGCAUUAACUGUACUUAAUGACUAUGAACUAACUGUACUGCAAACUCACUCUGAAACUAUGAAAUCAUAUCUAAACCCUGACCCACAUCCCCCAAAAAAUGCUUUGGUUGCCUACUGCUAAACAUUUGUCUUUUGGGAGCAAGUGACUGUUCACUAAACUAUUUAAUCUGAGAUGGUAAGUUAGCUGUUUGUCUUUUGUUUUUCGGGGCUGGGGAAGAAAAAAAAGACCCUCGCAACUCAUUUUAUACUGUGGAAGAAUCCGAAGUUAGACCUGUUGCGAGCGGGGUUUAUUAUUCAUAUUUAUUAUUCCUUAACAUCAUCAUUCCCACAUCGUUUGGUUGAAUUUCCACACGCCAGGACGUGAGUGACGACCAGGUGCUGUAAAUUGUGCCUCCACUCUCCUGGCCCAGUCACACACAUAAGGUGGUAUCCAAAAAAAUGUGAUUCACCAGGUACUGGGUUGAGGGUCAGUCUUACUGGUAAACCAUCCUGUGGACUGACUGAGCAUCAGUGGAGCAGAAUGUACCUCAAGGACUCGGUGUUGAAUUUAGGAGGUGUCCGAAAAGGCAUCUUAGAUAUGAGGAAUGUACUACCGAGACUCUACUGUACACAAACUAAAGCCACUGGAUCCCGUUUAGGGAAGUAUCACUGCAGUUUCUAAAAUGGCUAGUUGAUAAACAAAGAAGAUUUGGGGAAAGUAAGGAUAUCACAGUCAUAUAUAAUAUAUUACGAGUACUUAUUGUAAGUUGCUGAAAAAGUGUACAUAUUAUAAUUCUGUCUUGUAAAUCAGUGGUUUAAAUCCAUGCUCCACAAGGAUCUAGAUCCCAAGCCUCGCUUCACCAGGCCGAGGUGGAGACGAGGGUGUGAGGUUAUUGAGAGGGGCAUCUGUCUAAAAACACUGCCGCUGCCUUCAAAAGCUGCUAAAGUAUAUCUAAAGGUUUUGAAACAGUUUGGCUUUCACCUGAAGAGUAUCAGUUGAACUAUUGUGGCCUAGCUGCAGUUACACCCUGCUAUCUUACCCUGACAGGAAUAAAAAACUGGGGAGAACUUCCUUUAAGAUGUUAUUUAUCGGCUUGAAAUACUGUUUCUCCAAUCUGCAGCUUGGAUCUAACAUGUUUUAUCAGUAACAGCCUUAAAACGGAAAUCAUCUUGCCAAUUAAAUUAUAUCAGUACUUCUUAGGUUUUUUAUUUACCAGCUCAGCAGGUGUUAUUUGAUUAGCUUGGCGUCGAUUAGAGAAGAGGAACACUUGAGCUGCGGUAAAAUGGAGUCCCUUAUAACCACUGUGUUGCAAGUCUUUUAGAUCACAUUAGAUAUUGUACACAGAUCACACAGAGCAGAAAACCAGAGGAACAAACCGGCAAAAGGGACAUUUUUUUGUCUUGAGAUCUUGUUAAAAUGACAAAGUGUUCUUGGGGAGUCUUAAACGCUUCCACUUAGGUACUGUUAUUCCUGUAAAAAACACAAAAAGAGCUCAAUUAACAAUAUGGCAAAAGAAACAUCAUUCUGUUUGGGUGAAAACAAUCAACAUUGCUGCAUUAAAUAACAUUAAAAAGACCUUAAAGUCCUGAAAGAUCACCACGAGUUCUCUUAAUAAGCUAAAGGAUGUCAAAUGUUAGCCAGUAGCUUAGCACGUUAGCAUGCUAACAUUCGCCAACAGGAGAGUCAUUCAAUUUGCAGGUAUUGGGUCAAAAACAAGUAUUGGACAAAUGUUAUUGACCUGCUGGUGGCACUACAUGACACAUUCAACAUCACCCAAAGGAUAACCAUUCAUCCAGAGAGGAACGUGAAUUACUGUGCCGAAUUCGAUCCAAUUGUAGUUCUCAAAUUUGACCUAAAACACGAAUGUUAUCCUCAUAGGGCGCUGGGGAAAAAAAGGCUUUCUUUUAGGAAUGAGAUAUUUUGACAUUAUUACAAGAUACUUGGUGUUUUGUCAUUAUAACAAGAUCCAAACAAGGACUUUAUAAUCAGAUAAAUUACUUUUUUAAAGAUCACAGAUGUGUUGUUUUGUAAAUGGUGGCAGGUAAUUGAACUUGCUCUAUUGUCCCUCCUCAGAGCUGGGCGGUAGUUUUCGGUUCCUGUGAUUCGCUGAAGUGUUGCUUCAAACUCUGAGAUCUGGAGGGAAAAUACGUAACACAGAAGGGACAAGGAUCCAAGGGUUUCAUUCACAAAACCUUCACCAAAAUCAGUUAUACAGUGUUACUCAUAAUAUAACGCAAACUGCCAGAAGUUGUCACUGUAUGAGCAAUAAAAACAUCACUCCUCUACCUAAGCUCGAGAAACCCACACUUCCUCCCUCACUCACGCUUUGCUUGCACUAAAACGUUCCUCUGAGUCGGAUGUUUCCCUCCCCUACAGAAGCCCUGAGAGGCAAGUGAGAAAAGAAACAGAACUGGUGUUACAAGUCUGAUUCAAACUGUUGUCUGUUGACUUAAAAUGUCUUUAUGAAGGAUGGAUGGAUGCAAACGCAAGGAGGGGAAGAGCUAUCCCCUUUUCCCUUAGAGAACAGGCAAACCAAUUAAGUAAUAAUCCUUGUGUAUUAUCACCUGUUAUAGAACCAGGUGAGAAACCUUUUGGUUCAAAUCACUUUCCUCUCAGGGUUCCUGUAAUCUUCGAUGAUGAAAGCUAGCAGAAGUUCAGCUCUGCUCUCCUAUAAUCUCAACUAUAGAGUGCCCCUCCAUGAAUCUGCACUGUGUGUCUAUGUACACGCAAAAAAAAGCUUUUUCUUUUCUCUGUAAGCAAUAAUGACGUUGCAUAAAAAGGCUCUCUGAGGGCUUGUCUUCUGCUGAAGAAAGGAAAGGUCACCGGGCAGAAUCACUGAAGCUCCUGAAGCCAUUUUUCUCAUUCAGUUUUCCCUCCAUAGAGAAUGGCAGUACGGGUCACUAUACAUUUCCUGAGAGAGGUGUGCUGCCAGGGAAUUUUGAGCUAAAACAUUUUGAAAUGUCUGUGGAAAAAUGAAUGUGAAGAGUGUUUAAGGAGGCAGGAUGUUUGAGUAAAGUUUGAGUACAUUUAAAAACAAUGCCUGGACCUCUUUGCAUUCUGUUUAAAUGUAUGCUAAUGUGGAGGGGGUCUGUAAGAUGGCUGUGAUUCGUCCUUUCAGUUUGAAGACAAGCCCCAUGAUUGGCUCUUCUUCAACAUGCAGGUUAGGUUAAAAACAAACAAAAAAAUACUGUAAAACACGCGUUGAGUACCUGUAUUAUGUGUACCUGUAGUAUAUAAAUUAUGUGUACUGUAACUGGUGACUAAAUAUCAUGUAUAUAAAGAUUAGAACAAGUCCUCGA